CACCAUCGGCUACCUCCGACAUGCAUCCGGAUGUAGCAAUUAAAUACCAAGAGGUGCAUGUGAUGCAUCUUUCCCUUUUACACUCCCACAGUCUCAGAAGCAGCUUGGACAAAUGGACUUUAGAGAUAGAACGGCCCUACUUGCAAUUACAAUAGAGAAAAGGCAAAAGCAAGAGGAAAAAAAAGGUAGACAAUUCUUCCAAAGAAAGGCACAUUAUAGAGAAAGCAAAGCAAGACUGCCCAAUGGAAAUGGAAGAGAUGAUGAUGAUGAUGAUGAUCAGCAGCAGAAGCAGCCCAGCAAAUCCCAGAAUUCAGUCCAUUUCUAAUGAUCCCAUUACUAAUUGCCCAACCUGGAAGUUGUACGAGAACCCCUUCUACACAAAUACUCCUCAUAACCAAAAACAUAAACAUCAGCAGCACUCCCGUCAAUUAGACAACAAGGCCAGUAGUAGUAAUAGUACCUGUAGUACUGAUCAGCUGAAGCAAGUUCAUCGUAUCCAGCUUCCUGUUUCAGCAAGAAAGAUCGCGGCUUCCUUUUGGGAUCUAACCUUCAUCAGGCCUUUGAUGGAGUCUGAGCUUGACAAGGCCCGAGCCAAGAUCACCGAAUUGAAGGCUGGGCUGGAACAGGAGCGCAAGGCUCGUAAGAAAGCAGAAUCUAUGAAUAAAAAGCUGGCCAGAGAACUCUCGGAGGUCAAGAAAAGCAGAGAAGCAUUGGAGCGGCUGUGUGAAGAACUUGCAAAACAAGUAUCAACCGGCGAGGCAGAAAUGAGCAGAAUGCACAAGGACAUGGAGGAGGAGAGAAAGAUGCUGCGGAUGGCAGAGGUGUUGAGAGAAGAACGCGUCCAGAUGAAGCUUGCUGAAGCAAAACUUUUGUUGGAAGAAAAGCUGACGGAGUUGGAGGCCACCAAAACGAAACAGAUGAUUGAUCGGUCCAAGGUUAAUGAUCAAGAAGCGCAACACCGCCACAUUUUUAGCAAGGCUGAUGAGAGUUUUAACAAAACUUGGUCAAGUAAUGGUGGGAUUGAGUCUGCUGACGAUAUUAAUAGUAUCAGUCGUGAUUCCUCCGGAGAAGAGAUAAAAUCGUGUGUUUUGGUUGAGAAACCGGCUCCUACUACGACUGCUAUUAUUGCUGUGGACGGUAGCAGCGGUUCAAAUGCAUCUGCAGUAAUUGUGGCGGCAAGUCAGAGAAGAGCUUCGCCUGAGCCUGAAAAUCCGCAUAUCAAGCGGGGCAUCAAAGGAUUCGUGGAAUUCCCAAAAGUUGUUCGAGCAAUUGGUUCCAAGAGUAGGCAUUUUGGGACCAAGUUGGAGUGUCAGAAGGCUCAGCUGAGGAUACUUCUCAAACAGAAGACUCCCAUCCGAUCAUCCAAUCAUCCAAUACCCUUAUUACCAGCUAGCUAGUUACCUAGGUGUCUUCAGGAUUUUCCACUCGAAAACUAGGCAUGGCAUACCAUCGUUAUUCCUUCCCAUUUACCAUUUCUUCCAGGUCCCUGAUGAGCUUCAUACAUGUCGAUGGUUUUAUAUGUUCAUGAUCUGCUUUCGUAUCCAAAUAAUAUUGGAGCCAACAUGUAAAAGUAUAUACUUGUGUCUUUUAAGAGUUAGUGAUUUUUUUCCCCUCUUUUUUAUCUUGCA